AUGAUAGGGAACGUAGCCCUGCAGGGGAGUGGGACUAUGAUAGGUAACAUAGUCCUGCAGAGGAGUGGGACUAUGAUAGGGAACAUAGCCCUGCAGAGGAGUGGGACUAUGAUAGGGAACAUAGCCCUGCAGAGGAGUGGGACUAUGAUAGGGAACAUAGCCCUGCAGAGGAGUGGGACUAUGAUAGGGAACAUAGCCCUGCAGAGGAGUGGGACUAUGAUAGGGAACAUAGCCCUGCAGAGGAGUGGGACUAUGAUAGGGAACAUAGCCCUGCAGAGGAGUGGGACUAUGAUAGGGAACAUAGCCCUGCAGAGGAGUGGGACUAUGAUAGGGAACAUAGUCCUGUAG